AUGGACCCCAACUGCUCCUGUGCUACAGAUGGAUCCUGCUCCUGCGCUGGGUCUUGCAAAUGCAAAGAGUGCAAAUGCACCACCUGCAAGAAAAGCUGCUGCUCCUGCUGCCCGGUGGGCUGUGCGAAGUGCUCCCAGGGCUGCGUCUGCAAAGAGGCUUCGGACAAGUGCAGCUGCUGCGCCUGA